GACACACCCCCUCCUCCACAGUAACUUACCGCGGAUGCAAGCAAGCAUGCUGGAAAACGCCGGACUCGUGGGGACGAAGACGAAGACACAGACACAAGUUGGUCAAUAGAGAAGCAGGCAUCGAAGUCAGCCGUGUAACGAGUUUCAUCUGGAAGGCUUUAAGACUAUGGCGGAACAAGUGAACGGUGAUGCUGAAGUACCCCCACUACGUUGUCUGUCCUUGCUUGGCAAAGCCCUGUCACAGACUCGACUGGACCAGCUGGACGUGGAUAGCCGAAGUGCUGUUACACCAAAUCUGCGACGCAGAAGGGUUUCAAGUGGUCACAGUUUUGAUUCGCCAGAUGGAUUUGUUGGCUCAGUUGCUGAGGUGCAUGUUCUGGUGAUUAAUACUGGUGGCACUAUUGGCAUGAUGUAUCAGAAUAAUGUGCUGGCCCCGCAGUCAAAUGCUUUUGUCACUGCCCUCCGAAAACUGCCAAUCCUGCAUGAUGAAGUAUAUGCUCAGCAGACACGACUUUACGACUUCUGUGAUGUCCCCGAAGCCACCCUGGUCUUGCCGCUUUCAAAGCAGAAUAAGAGAAUCGUAUACACAGUUCUUGAAUAUUCACCGCUCCUUGAUUCCUGCAACAUGACAACAGAAGACUGGGCCAAGAUUGCAAAUGACAUCUAUUGGCACUAUGAACAGUAUCAAGGGUUUGUUAUUCUGCAUGGCACUGACACGAUGGCAUACACUGCAUCUGCCCUUUCCUUCAUGUGCGAAGACCUUGGCAAACCGGUCAUCCUGACUGGUUCUCAGGUACCUAUUUAUGAAAUGAGGAAUGAUGGACGUGACAACCUGCUGGGUGCCCUCCUGAUUGCGGGUCAGUUUGUGGUUCCAGAGGUCUGCCUCUACUUCCAUCACAAACUAUACAGAGGAAACCGUGCGACCAAAGUGGAUGCCGGAAGCUUCAAUGCCUUCUCUUCGCCUAACCUUGCUCCCCUGGCUAAUGCCGAAGUGGAUAUAAAAAUUAACUGGGACACCGUUUGGAGAGCCAACACUACCAAAAAGUUUCUGGUACACAUCAACAUGAACAGAAACGUCGGACUCCUGAGGUUGUUUCCCGGGAUCACGGCUGAAACUGUCAGGGCCUUCCUCCAACCCCCCAUGGAAGGAAUAGUACUGGAAACUUAUGGGAGUGGGAAUGCUCCAGAUAACCGGGCAGAUUUGCUGGAAGAAUUUAAGAAAGCCACCGAUCGAGGAGUCCUUAUCAUUAAUUGCACCCAGUGCCUUCGUGGUUCAGUGACUGAAAGCUAUGCAACAGGCAAAGUCCUCAGCAAUGCAGGAUUGAUAGCAGGGUGUGAUAUGACUCCAGAAGCAGCCCUUGCCAAACUCUCAUAUGUGCUGGGAAAGAACCAUCUGAGUGUGAGUGAGAAGAGGAAGAUGCUGAGUGAAAAUCUCCGGGGAGAAAUGAAUGCUCCAUUGCGGGGAGCAACCUUCUCCCUAAGGGACAGCCGAUUCAUUCAGAUCAUAGCCAAGUCUCUGAGUGUCAGCUGCAAGGAGGAGCUGGAAGCUGUCCGUGAUGCUUUGACACCUGCUCUUGCCUGUGCUGCAGCGAAAACUGGAGAUAUCAAUGCACUGGAAGCCAUUCUUGAACUGGGUGGUAAUCUGAGCAGUGAGGAUUAUGAUGGACGGACGCCACUUCACGUUGCCGCCUGUGAGGGUCAUCUCAAGUGUGUCCAGUACCUGCUCAGUCACGGAGCAACUGUCUAUGCCAAGGAUCGCUUUGGUGACACGCCUCUCAAGAACGCUGUUAAGUUUAGACAAAAGGAAGUUGUGUGUUUACUGCGGAACACUGGGGCCCACCUUUCCCGUGAAGAGCUAGAUGAUGUGGGAACAGAACUGUGUAGCCUAGCUUCCACUGGUGACUUGGAAGGCCUCGAGACCUGGAAUCUGGCUGGGGUCAGCAUGGAACAUCCCUCUUAUGAUGGGCAGACACCUCUGGAGGUGGCCAGGUCUGCAGGAAAUGAAGAAGUGACAGAAUUCCUUCUGCAAGCGCACAUGUGCAGGGAUCAGAGUGUCAACUUUGUUGAAGUCAGCUGUAGCAAGAGAUCCUGAACAUCUGCACCUGGAGAAGACGAACAAGAUUGCUUCAUUGCGAAGGCUGCUGUCACCUGUAAUACAAUCAGAACAAUGUCUGCUAGCUAAGCAAGUUUACCAUCGCCAUAGCUGCUCUCUGAUCCUGUGUCCUCAAUUAGGAACUACUUUGCACAUUUACUACACAAGACUGACUCGCAACAAAGAGAACACAGCUCACACCAUUAAGCAAAUGCGAGAAACUAAACUCAAUUCCUUGCACGGUGAUUUUAUUUUACUCUAUUUUAAAAGUGUUAUUUUAUUUUGUCAUGAAGUUGUCGAGAUAUGUGGAUUUAUUAAUACAGAAGCGAAGUAUUUAUUGGACAGUUUUACUGUAUAUAUGUAGUGAUGUUGUUACGUAUAUGUCAGUUGUUUCCUUCACCAGUUGCUUUUGCUGAUGUUUUUUUUCCUGAUUUUUGCUCUCAUUGAAGUCAGUAGUGCCCGGAGUCCUGGCAUCUGGUUUUUCCCAGGGUCCAUUCUGUAAGGUGCUGGCAUUCUUCUCUUAUGUUCUACUGCUUGGCUACACAGAUCAACCUCUAUUGCCCAUCUAAGUGUAGGGAUGCACCACAACAUACCAGCCUCCGGUCCAAGGUGUCGUCCUGACUUACUGUAUAGCAGACAUUUGUUCAGGAUAAGCUCUGGAAGCCAAUUGACUCCUACCGAGACAAACGUGCCCACGUCUUUAGUAAGCAAGAAUCUCUGCCAUUCUAUUUAUACAGAACUUGUCGUGUAACUUUUCCAUUUUAUGUUGAUUUUUCAAUCAUUUCUGAGUUCUUUAUAGUCGGGUGAUGUACCGUGUUGGCCAUUAUGGAUGCAAUGAGAAGUGAAGCAAAAUGACGCCUUCUGUUGGCAAACUGGACGGAUUACAAUGUGCAGGCUUUCAAGGCAACUCAGACUCCUUCUUCUUGUAGUACAGAAGCUGGAGUUCCCUGUGUUUAUAUAUGCAGUACCAUAGGAAAGAAACAAAAGUUUAAGUGGCUUAUCGUCGAUGUUAAAGAUUCAUAGAACUAUUACAGAGAGAUUCACUCAAAAGAGGCCCUGAAUAUUCUGUUAAUAACUCUCGCUGGGAUGAAGCAAUCUGAACGAAACAACGUGCACUGUGCUCCUCAGUAUAUGGAGCUUCAAACAAGCUGGGAUGCCCCUGCGGUAGGCGCUAGACAGCCGUCGUGAUGUUUAACCUCCAUUUGCAACUUCUUGGUGCGUACCGCCCGUACCCCUUCACUCGCUCACUCGACUUCUCAUCGGGAUGGUGGUGUACAGUAUUGAGCAGCGCGCCUUCAUGGUGCGAACCUGUCGAGUCACCAAUUCAUUUAAGCGACGUCAGAAUCAACUGGAUGAUUGUGAGUUAACAGAAGGUUACUUCCAGCAAAAUGGAGCAAUGUGUCACACAUCGGCAAGGAGCAUGGCAGAACUGGAGUCCUCCUUCGGCAACAGGGGCUUUGGCCACCACGGUCACCAGAUCUGACACCACCAGACUUCUUCCUUUGGGAUCUGCUCAAAAGGAAAAGUCUAUCGGAACAAGCCUGGUACUGUGGAAGAUCUGAAGGAAAGCAUCCAACGUGAAAUUCCUGCUAUUCCCCCCGUGACGCUUGCCGAUAUGUUCAGGAACAUGGGGAGCCGUGUCGAAAUGUGUCUGGCAGAAAACGGAAACCAUUUCCAGCAUCGUAUGUAAUGCAAUCGAUUACAUGUACGUCAAGGUAUAGAGCGGAUUUUUUUUUGGUUCAGAUUGCUUCAUCCGAGCGGGCGUUACAACAGAAUAUUUGGGGCAUCUUUUGAGUGAAUCUCCCUGUACAUCUUACCUGAGCCACCUCGACAGCUUGGAUAUUAUAAUCUGUUCAGUUAGCCAAUGGAAGGCGUCACUUUGCUGCACUUCUCGUUGAGUUCUUUAUACAGAGAAUGUUUUUCUGUGGCAUAUGCCACUAGUAUUUCCGUAUGUGUACCACUUCUUUCUGUUUGCCUCCUUAUUUAUUACAGUAUUUCAUAUCUGACUAAUACAG